CUCCUGUGACUCUGAGCUGUGAUAGCACAAACCAGCAGUGACCUGUUGUACAUCAGGGUUGAAUAUGUUGAGAUCUGCUGAGGUUGCUGAUACAUACCAGCUCUUCAAUCCUCAGGCAUAUCUUCAGAACAACUAUAUGCCUCCUCGAGCCAACUUUGAGAAUGAGGACUGUGUUGUUCCCUGGAAACUCCGCUGCUUUGCAUCCUCAUUCUCAACAGGAGAAAUUCAUGGCCACACGCUCCUGGACAUUGGCUCUGGCCCAACUCUGUACCAAGUCAUCAGCGCCUGUAAGUUCUUCAACAAGAUUGUAAUGUCUGAUUACUUGGAGGUGAACCGGGAGGAACUCAGGAAAUGGCUGAGAAGAGACACUGGAGCCUUUGACUGGAGUCCCUACAUUAAAUAUGUGUGUGGCCUUGACGGAAAGAGGGAUCACUGGGAAGAUACAGAGAGGAGACUACGGGAAACAAUUCAAGAGGUCUGUCAUUGUGACAUCAUGCAGGCAAAUCCUCUGCACCCAAAGGUGCUGAAUCCUGUUGAUGCUAUCAGUACCACCUUCUGCCUCGAGUCUGUGUGCCCAGAUAAGAAAUCACUGGAGGAGGCUUUAGCUAAUAUCAGCUCACUCCUGAAACAAGGUGGCUUCCUCCUGAUGAUUGGGGCACUCAAUGAAUCCUACUACCUGGCUGGGGAAGUGAAGCUCAGUGUCAUUCCUCUUGAUGAAGAUUAUGUGAAGGAGACAGUUAGCAGGUCUGGCUACAGAAUCUGUACCUUCAAAACAUACAACAUGCCACCUGAUCUGAACAUUGGGGUUGAUGAUGUGUGCGCUGUUUUCUACCUUCAAGCACAAAAAAUCUGACCUGUGUAUUUGUAACUUCACUGCCAGAGGUUUCACAAACAUUCAAAUGCAACUGACAUAAAAGCAGCUCCUGAGUCAGAGAGAGAAAAUAGCUACACGACACUAGGGUAGACAGUCAAAGGGACUAGUCACACUCCCUAAGUUAGUGUGAUAUGUGUGUGUGCACACGCGUAUAACUGAGACUGUCUGAACACAUCUCUGGACUGACUCAAAAGAUGCUUUUAGGCUCAAUUUGUUAACCGUUUUUCAUCAAUAGCAGGAAAAGACUAAUGGAAAUGGAUAAAUAAUUUGUCCAACUCUGGUAGUGUUUGAUAUGAAUUGUUCAAAUGAAGCUGAAGCUACUAUAGCAUGAACCAAACAUUUGCAACACAACAGAUCAGCUAACACUGCACAAUAAUCAGCAUAGGCACACAUGCUGUGUCCCUAAAUAUUAGAUGCAUGCUGUAACCAUGUGUGACAAGAAGCUGUAUUUGAGGCAUGCUUAAUGAUUAGAUGAAUGCGUGUUUACCAGAUACAAUGUGUUUUUGGCAUGUGAAUGAUGGUAUUCAUGUUCUAGGCAUACAUAUACAAGCAUAGGAAACAGAAUCGUGCAGCGCACAGUUCCUGGUUCUUUUGAAGAACAAUUUAGUUACUUGUUAAUGCCACACUCCUACUCUUUUCCCAUGCUCCUGUAUUCUUCCAUACAUUCAAGCAUUUAGCUAAUUCCCUUUUUCAAGUUUUUUACUGAAUCUGCACCCACCUGCUAUCAGUGCAUUCCAGAUCCUAACUAUUUUGUAAAAACAUCAAGGUGCUUUUGGCUUCUUUGUCAUCACCUUCAAUCUGAGCCCUCCACUUAUCAGUCGGGUACCGCAGGUAGAUUUUCUUUAUUGACUCGAGCAAAACUCCUGCUUAUUUUAACCACCUUGAUCACAUCUCCUUUGAGUCUCCUCUGUUCUGAAAAUUAUAGCUUCUCCAAUCUAGCUCCUGGAUAAUCUCUUUUUCAAAUAUUUCCAAACACCCCCUCAACUCUUCCUGAGUCUUGUUUCUGUAAUGAUUCAAUAUUGCUCUAAGUGUACAUGUGAUACCCGGCCUGUUUAUAAAGUUGACUUACCUAAUUGCAGUGUUGCGGGUUUUUCAAUUUUUGUUUAAAGAUAUUGUGACAAAGCAUCUCAAAUAAAUCA